AUCCAACACGCAAACCAGUUGCGUGUCCGAUUCAUCCGGUCCCACGGAUCGGAAUCCGCUUCCAGAUUUGUUUUCCUUUUUUCCUGUAUUUUCCCGGAAAACGAUAGGAAACCAAAAGAAAAAAAUCCCUAAUCCGAGCGUCUUCGGAUUCUUCUCUCUGCUCGGAUCUUUCACAAAUCGAAGGUGAUUUGUAUUGGAGAUUUGUCGCGAUCAUGGACUUCUCUCUCGUUGCCGAUAGCGUUUCCGUUGCAGCUGCGAAUCAAAGCGUGGGGUUCGGGAAGCUUCUUCUCAGACGGGGAGAUUUGGCGUCUGGUCAUCAUGUUUCAUUCGCGGAUUCUUCCGGAGAUCCAUCCCCGGGUGGAGGAUUCCAAGUAUCGGCGGUUAUUUUCCCGGUCGACGUGAUCGCCUCUAAGCUGGUGAGAUCCAGCGCUUACAAGACGAUUCGCCGGACGCUUCACCGGAAAAAGCGCCGUACGAGGCGGAUUUCGUUUAGUGGAGAUUCGGAGGACGGAGGUGAUCUCGCUCGUUUUCUCUUAGACGGUGAUAACGGCGGUUUCAACGGUCCCUACGGCUUCGGCGGCGGCGGCGGGAACGACGGAGGUAGAGGGUGGAACUUUGGCGGAUUUGGGAGGGGAGACUGGGACGAAUCAUCUUCGCUUCCGUCGUGGUCGGAUCCGGCGAUGGAGUUCGUGUACGAGGUGUUAUGCUGGAUCGCCUUGUCGAACUGCGUGCAUUUCGCGUUCAAGAGGAUUGUGAGGAUUCUCACCGAUGGCGAGAGAGAGAAAUUAACCAUGAGAUUGACUCCGGUUUGUUAAUGGUUCCGUGGGUGGUUUCGAUUAGGGUGGUAUCAAUUGGCAAUUCUUAAUUCUGUGCAAGGCAUGGAAUCAUGGUAACGAUGUCUGUAUAUAUAUUUGUACAUAUCCUUCGUUAUAUCUGCAACUCAGCCUUAGAUUUAAAUGAUAUUUGUUCUUAGUUAAUUAUGUUCUUCCGGCAACGUUGUCAAUUCUUAUAGGUCGGAACAAGAAUGAUUGUAUUUGGUUGAAUUCUCCUGACAUGUGUUCUUCAUGUUGUUAUAUGUUGUAGAAGCUUAGAGUU